AAACAGGAGAAACUGUUCUCCACGGGGGAAAAUGGGUACGGCCACAUGAAGUCUAGCUGCUGCUAUCAUGCAUGGCAUUAAGCAUAACUGGGUCUUACCUUCUUAACCCGUUUUUUUUAACAGCGACUUAGUUCGCAUCUUCUUGAGCCAACCGCGUACAGCGUUCGCUACCAAACACUGUUUGAUGCAACUUGUUUCGGGCUAGUCUGAGAGAGUUGCGUGGCAGGAUUUUCUUUUAGGUGUCACUUGACGGGAGAGAAUGAGCGCAUUUGUAAUCAAUGACAAAAGCUAUGAUGUAUGUAAAAUAGAGGGGUUAUUCAACCGAGUGUCGUAAAACCAAAACCAAAGUAUAACAAUACAGUGAACCAAUCAAAACUCGAAUUAAAUACUACAUGCAGCUGUCGCUAAGCGCGGGAAAACGUGUACGAAUAGCCACGAUUAGUUUUGGGUUUUUCAGUCUGAUUGGAUGAAAAAGUGGCGCGAGUUUUUUAAGCCAAUCGCGUAGCUUGGUAGCGCAACACCAAGUACUUUUCGACACUCAACUGAAAACCCUGAAUAUGAUUAUAGAAAUGUUUUAGUUAUGGGUAAGUUAUGUGACUCGCAGUGAUUGCCACUCAAGUCAAAACCGCCCUAUAUGAUUAAAAUGUGUAAAUGAUUGAUUAGUUAUGCAUCACUUCCAAUGAUCGCCAAGGGGAUAACAAAAUAAAAGUAAACAAUAGAACAAAUGAAAGAAGAGAUUAAUAACAACAGUAAGAGAAAAUAGUAGUCUGUCAUUAGCACAAGCUUGGUGGUUUUUCCGAAGAAACUUCACUUCUUUAAGACUUUUAGUGUGGAUAAGUACGGUCUGGUUCCGGUACAAAGCCGAGCAGAACUUGGAAAUAACACUUACUGGGAACGAAACGAGGAAAUAUUAUAUUGUGGAAGCAUGUGCAACCAUAAACUUACUGAACUAUCGUAGAACGAAGAGUCAAGCAUCUUUGAGUACGAGCUAAUUUAACUUGCAGGCUGCACCAAAACAAUCUAGUCGUAACGCCAUGGAAAUCAGUGAUUUUAAAUCGCUUGCUGCGGUCGAAGGAGCAGAAAAUUAUCAAGAGGCAGCCAUCAUUCUGGAGGGACCACCGAUUGAAAUCUUCGCCCAACGCGCUGCUCCUACAGUAGUAAUGAAACCGCUGCGACAGAAGCAGGGUAGGUUUUACUUUGAAUGUAAAACUAACACAGGCGGGUAUAUGCAGCUGGGAUGGGCGGAUGAGAGCUUCAGAGCCGUCGCUGAUGAAGGAAAGGGCUGUGGCGACGAUGCGCAUUCAUGGGCAUACGAUGGUAUGAGACGUUUGAAGUGGCACAACAACAUGAAGGAACAAUAUGGACGACGGUGGAAAGCGGGAGAUAUAAUUAGCCUGGCUGUCAAUUUAGAGGACAAAGAAGUGAGCUUUGGCUUAAAUGGCGACUGGGAGGGUGAAAUGGGGUGCGCUUUCUCUGGAGUUACAUUCGAGGGAGCUGUUUACCCAUGCAUGUCCCUCAUGAGAGGAGAGAGGGUGCAAAUCAACCUAGGGACCGAAACGAACCCCUUCGUUUACCCCCCUCCAGAAGGGUUCCUUCCUUUGACAGUGACGCAUCCAGUUGUUAACCUGGAGAAUGAAUACAACAGGUUUUCGAGCUUUGCGCACGUGGUACAGAUGGGGCUCGCAGAGAGUAGCUUUACUGUAUCCUUCCCCGGUGAGAUCAUGGUGACAAUGAUGAGACGAGGACUUGAAUAUGAGGGCAAAAAGAAUGCGCUCAUUCAUGCAGGUUACGAGGAAACGCUUAAGAAAUGGCUCGAAGCGAGAGAGACAAUCGAAGCCAAUUUAGGCCGCUCUGGCUUGACAAAAGACGAGAUUUUCGCCGUUAUUUGUUACACGCUUGAAAAACCACCGGUUUAUCGCCAUUUCAACGGCGACACAAGAAAAGGAUAUACCGGUGAUGGCAUGGAUUUUCCAAUUUUAUCAUACCUGCUACGAGAGGCUUGCAGAAAAAUCCUCGCCGCCACGCCCAAAGAAAAUCGGACAAGAAUUGUUUACAGGGGUGUCACUGUUAAAUUUGCCGCCGAACCUGGCCAGAUAGUCCGGUUUGGUUCGUACACUUCGACUACAGGGAAUAUUUCAGUGGCAGAAGAUUUCCAGAAAAAUUCAACAGGGAGUCAAUUCGUUAUUGUUACCAAAAUUGGAGCAUCGAUUAAAAUGUUGUCCGCUUAUCCUGAGGAGGACGAAGUUCUUCUUCCGCCUUAUGAGGUGUACAAGGUUCACAGAGUAGAGGAAGCGCCUUCCAGAAUUUACUUAACGAGUUGUUUCGAUGACUCGUUUGUCGAGAAGUAUGUUGUCGACGGCAAUGCGGUUGGUGAAGCAGAGGCACUCGUGAAAAAGUUGACAGAAUAGUGAAAAAGACUUCCUUCGCUGCCAUUAGCACUUACAUGUUAGGGGUUCUUGUAAUACUAUAUUCAAUUACCAUUAUACCGUAAACUGUUGCUUAUAAAACCUGGUCUUAUACAAUUUCGU